GGCUGCAGCACCUCAACCACUUCAUUGCUGUUUCUUUCCUGCCCUUUCGCUCAUAUUUCAUAAUUCAAUAACAGCAUGGCUUUUUACACUGCUCACCCUCAGCUUAUAUAACUCGAUAGCCUUGAGUCGACGCCACUGUUCCAUGACAUAACGUACAGUUUGCAGACUUCACGUCAGCGCAAAGAUCACAUACACCCAGUAUGAAAGACCGCAGAGACUAUGAAUACCAGUCAAUCGAUGCGAAACAUCAGAUUCGUGUUCUGCACCUGGAACCAGGCGCGUUUGCCGAGCCGCUGAUUGGCAACCUCUUGGUGCGGAAGCUUGGGGAUGACCAAGAAAACCCACCAGCGUAUAGUUGCGUUUCAUAUGCAUGGGGGCCUCAGCAAGACUUCACGUCUAUUACCUGCGAUGGAAAAAGCCUUCGUGUUACGUUGGUCGUAGAUGAGAUGCUGCGAUACUUGCGGAAGCCCAAGAAAGCACGUCAUUUGUGGAUAGACGCGAUAUGCAUUAACCAGUCCCACAAUGUAGAGAAAAACCAUCAAGUACGUUCGAUGGGCAAAAUCUAUGCUUCAGCUCGCAAAGUGCAUGUUUGGCUAGGCCCAGCCGCUGACGAAGAUGCACUUGCUGUCGAUGAUAUUUUCGAGCCGGGUGAACCUGACUACGAAAAGAGGUCGUUUUUACAAUGGAGACACUGCCGAGCUUUCCCUGACAAUCUGACGCCAGAGUUUUUGUCCUUAGAACACUUCGUUUCUAGGAGUUGGUUCACAAGACGCUGGGUAUUACAAGAGGUAUUUCUUGGCCGUGACGUGUCCAUCCACUGCGGAGAUUGUAAGAUGCAAUGGCGACCGUUCAUCAAAAGCGUGUAUGCACUACUUCGGGCUUAUACUGACCCGGAUAUCAAUCACGUUCUCCAUGGUCGAGUUGCCGCUCUGCAUAAGCAUCUCCGCAGUAUCUCUCAGAUGGACUCUUUCGCUUCGAAAGGUAGGACCAGUGGUCAUUGGGACGCUGUUGAAGAUUCCUGGAAAUAUUUACUGGACCUUCUCAGCGCAUACAGUAACACCGUGUGUUUGGAUGAACGCGAUCGUUUGUAUUCACUGUAUGGCUUGUUUGAAUUCGGAGGAUUGGUAGCAGGACCGGUGGACUAUUGCUCUGUGGAUUACAGGAUGCAUUUCUCGCAUGUCUACACGAUGUUCGCAAGCGGUGCUGUGGAAGCUGGAGUGUCUCAAGAUAUGAUAAUGCACACGAUCCAAUUCGGAAGCCUCGCUGAUCAAAACGAAAGCUGGCCUUCAUGGGUUCCAGGUUGGAACUUGCCAAACAAGAUGCAGCAUAUUACCGACUGGUUCGCCGAUCACCGUUUGUCCCAACACCAACAGGACCAUUGGCCAUGGUCUUUGUUGGGGAGUUCGAGAAGGCAUUCAUGGACGGAAUUAUCUCCAUGGGGGUUGUUCGAUAAGCGUCUUAUAUAUGCGCACGAGAUGAGAGCACUUCCACUCCGUGGCUGUAUUCACCGUAUCUGUCAUGUUCAGUCCGGCACUGUUCACUCGGACGCAAUAUCGUAUCUCGAGGCUCUUGCAAGGACUCAGCAUGCCAUGUCAAGUCUCACGAUAGAAUGGGUCGUGGCCUUGGCCAUGACCUGUGUGCCGAAGUUGCUUUCCCGUCCACCGUUCGAUCUUCGAAACUUCUGCGAUGGGAAGUUUAUGGAUGAAUCUGUUGAGGAUAUCCUGUUCUGUCAUGCACAAAGAUUUAUGGGAUUACUAUCGGAUGGUGCAUCAGAGGAACAACCGGAUAAUAUAUCAGAAGUCCAUGUCGAUUGGCUCGAGUUCGCUUCCGAAGCAAAGCGAAUAUUAGAGGGCCUAGAAUCAUUUUGCUAUGAAGUUGAGGGGUCCUUUACGUUCGGUAUCGCCUUCGCACAAGUGAAGCCUGGCGACUUCGUGUUCCGCAUGCCGGGUGCAGUCAAUGGAAAAGAUGAAGAAACCGGGGAGAUUUCACCUUCGGCUUUUGGGCUGAUUAUACGGCCAUAUCACUCCCAGAGUGAUGCAGGUCCUGCUAUCUUCCGUCUUGUGGGCAUGUGUGUUGAUUGGUACCCCGAUGUGGAGGAUCCGGAAUUUGUCGAAGUUGUUUUGGUGUAGGGGCUGUCAAAUUGAAACACCAGGUUACGAACAACAUCAUCAGGCUGCAAUGUAAAGAGACGGAAGCGCUGGAGCAUGCGACAUGUGUGA